UUCACUCACACACCGCCAGUCAGUCACACGCACGGUGUCGCACACGCAGACCGCCAGCGCCGGGGAGGACGCAGGCAUAGGCGGUCGCUGCAGUUCUCGGGACCGGAGUGGAGCUGAGCUCACGCAGCCACAUUGUGCGGCCACUGGACAAUGCGGAGCUGCGGUCGCCAUGCGCCAGCUUUCCGCUGCUGCCGCGGGCACAGAGGACCCCGACUGCCUUCUCUCGCGUUCCUGUGAUGCUGCUCAUUGUUGCCUGGCGUGGAUGCCGCUGAUGCUGUAGCGGAGGAGGGGACACUUGUUCUUCUUUUGUCGCGAGCAGCCAGGAGGGCAGGGUGUUUUUUUAUCCUUCUCUUCUUCUCUCUCCGUCCGUUUCAUUUUUAAAUUUUUUUUUUCUUCAUUUGCCAGUGGAGCUGCCCAGCACAGUGGCCCCGUUAACCGGCCUUCAUCCUUAGCGCAGUGCGUCUUUUGAAAUCGGCGCAUCCCGGCCGCGCUUUGCCGUUGCAUUGUGCCAAGGAGACUAGGCGAGAUUGAGCGCGCGUGCUCGGGGCCCGGGGCGCGCGCCCUCAGAGGAGAGCGCGCGCGUGCCCGCGCUCUGCUCACCUAGCGGUCUCGCUCUCUUUUCUUUUUUGUGGCCAUGUGGGGAGCGCCGCUUUGCUGAGGGUCCCCGCUGUCUUUGCUGCCGAUUCCUUACCUGAGGCGCUCAUUUUAAUCCCCUUAAUUCCGCAGACGGUGUUGAGCCCCGUGCCCUCCUCCUCCUCCUGCUUCUCCUCCUUCUCUCCACCUCCUCCUAGCAAACAGCUUCUUAAUCUGCGUCUUUUCUCCUCUCAGCCUCAGCCGCUGACAGGGAAGGCCGGGGAGGGCAGCCCAGGAUCUUCAGUAUCACCUUUGGUUCAGAUCCCCAUUUCUUCCUCGCUGUAUGAACCGAGCAGUGCAGGCCAGCGCUUUCUUGGCGCUUCUCUCUCCUCCUCCUCGUCCUUGUCCUCGUCCUCCUCCUCCUGCACGUCUUGGGCUCCCACUCUAAGCUGCUCCCGACCCCCCGGUGCUAAGAUGCUGGUUAUCCUAGCGGCUGGCUCGCUCUUUUUCCCAGGACUCUUCCUGCUGUCCAAGAACUGCCUGAAGCGACUGCCAGCCCCGCAGUGGGAUGAGUCGGACGCCGUCUUCAUCUCUGCCAGGCUGGUUUCAUGCAUUCAGGCCAUCUUGGCUUCCACAGCAGGCUACAUCAUUGCCACCUCCUGCCAGGACAUCAUCGAGGACCAGCACUGGCUCACCAGCUCGUACAUCCUUUUUGCAGUGCCCUAUUUCGUGUACGACAUCUACGCCAUGUUCCUGUGCUACUGGUACAAGUACCGGGUGAAAGGCCAUGGGGCAGGCUCGGAGAGUUUAGGUGCAGCUCUUUUCAGCUACCUCCGCAAAGAAUUCCUCAUGGUGCUGCACCAUGUUGUCAUGGUGACCGUCUGCUUCCCCAUUUCAGUGUUCUGGCGACAGGGGAAAGGAGACUUUUUCCAGGGUUGCAUGUUUCUGGCUGAGCUCAGCACGCCGUCAGUCUGCCUGGGCAAGGUAUUAAUACAGUACAAGAAGCAGCACACCCUCCUGCACAAGGUGAACGGUGCCCUGAUGCUCAUGACCUUCUUCGUGUGCCGCAUCCUGCUCUUCCCUUACAUGUACUGGGUGUACGGUCGCUACGUGGGGCUACCGAUGUACAGAGUGCCUCUGGCCAUCCCGGCCCAUUUCAACCUGGGGGCCGCCCUGCUCAUGGCCCCCCAGGUCUACUGGUUCUUUCUGAUCUGCCGUGGUGCCUUCCGGCUCUUCAAGCGGAGCUUCCGGCAGCGAGGGACGAAAUGUGAAGAGGACGUAAGGAACGGACACGCAUCCGAGGAAGGCUACCCACUGGAGCAGGGACUGGACAACUGAGGCCAUUUCCGGGAGCCGACUUUGAAAUUGCCCACUUCCCCCUCUACCCCUACAAACAGGGGGCACUAAUAAUGAGGGAAGUGAAACCUCUUCCUGGAUUACUAGCGUUCUUCACGGUAUUGGAUGACAAAGCUGCUCCGGUCUGGCCCUUCCCAAAAUUGGCUCCUCCUUCUUCACGUCUCACUCCCGUGUUUCUUUCUCUCCUUCCCAGUGUGACCCCUCCUAAAAGACACCAACAAACCAACCCGCUUGAGGGCAACUGGGAAUCGUCCAUCUCUUAAAACUGAGACCUAACCGGGACACACUGGAAGUUCCUUAGGAAGCAGAAGAUUCCCCGAGAUAAAACCCAAACAAUUUGUGUUCUUUUUCUUUUUCUUUUUCUUAGCACAGACAGGUAUUUGUUCAUUUAUUGAAUUUUUCUUUGGGAGGGCAAACUGCAUCACGGCGUGGUAAGGCGUUCUUAGCUGCUGCCGCCUGAAGCUUUUUCUCUGUUGGUUUGUCUUCUUCACUAUUUAUUUCUUGAUCCAUUCAUACAUUAAUUCAGUUCUUUAUUUAUUUAUUAUUUAUUGAUUAUUUAUUUAUUUAUUUAUUUAUGAUAUUUACACCUGAAGUACUUGGAGUUGAUUGUUAGUUUGACCCGCAUUGAGGUGUUUGCUCUGUUUGCUAACUGACUGACUGACUUUUGAUGGCUAGUCUAGGAGCCUGCUGAAUCCUGACAAGUGGGUCACCGUUUCGUCUGACUGGACCCCCCCACCCCACCCGUCCCCUUCGACCCGCUUGUGAGAUUCUUGUCAUUUGUUAAUGAACGCCAGGCAGGGAAGUGUUGGUGGCAGCAGUGGUGUCUAAACGUAGGGAGCGGAAUGCAAAUGAGAACACAAAGAAGAACACGAGUGGACAUGAAGCGGAGUUUGUGUGAGUGUGUGUGUGUGUGUGUGUCUCCCAAUGCUCGUAACCCUAUUGGAGGAGGAGAACCCUCACCAAACGGGAUGUCCCGUCCUGUUUUUUGACCCGUAGAUAAAAACCCCCAACGCUCUUUCAAGCUUUGUUCUUUAUUUUCUUUUUUUCUUUUGUGCGUGCAUGCAGGCCAUUGCAAAGUAGGACUGUUGACUAGGGGGUCACCAUGGUGAUGGGUGGGCUGGCCGCCCUGCAGUGACGAGCGCGAGUUUAGGUGCUGCUGCUGCCGCCGCCGCCACUGCAAAUUUCGACUGACGCUGUUUGCUUUUCGCUGUUGCGGCUGCCGUGCUUCAGAGACAUCAACUGAGCUCCCCUGCAUGAACCAGGCAUGUGUGUCAAGGGGUCUUUUAAAAUGUCCACCGAUCAUCCGAGGUGGGUGAAUGCUGAAACCUAACAACAACGAAACAUGACUUUGCCAUCCAGCGCUUCAUUACGCUCCAGUUUCAAGGCAGUUGAUAACCCUCAGCUGUUACAGCCAGGAUGGAUCGGGUCCGUUUCAGGCUUGGCUCCUCUGUGUUCACAAUGCGUCAUAUUAUAUUCCAAAGUGUCCAAUUAAAAUUGAGAAAAGCAAAAAAUGUUCAUUUUUUUUUAUCAUUAUUAUUUGAUUUGAUUUACUUCAUCCAUUGUCUUUGCACGUGACCUUUUAUGGGGUUUGGGAUCAGAUAAGAGCACAGGGCCAGCUAUUGUAGAGCGGAGCGAUUUUCAGUCCAAUGCAGUAGGAUCCCGAAUGGCAACAGACCAAAGAUAAAAUGCUAAAGUCCACCUAAGUCCAUAGCAUGCAACAUUUCUGAGUCAAGGGGACCCCCGCCCUUUCUUUUUCUGGUUUCAUUUACUACUUCUGUGCUCAUCUAGGUUGGUAGUCUGCUCCUCAGAUGUUGAGAAUAUUAAACAAGACGUCCUUCCUGAUGCCAGCCUCCUUUAUAUGAUAUGCAAGAGCAGUGGGUACCAUCCAGACAGCUAUGCUGGAGUUUUCUUUUGCUUUGGUGUUACUCUUGAACCCACUCCUCCUGAUCUUUACACCGUUACAUAGUAGAAGCUGCUGAGCCCGAUUCACUUCGGUGGCACCAACAGACAUCAUUAUGUUUGUUUUCCAUAGGGUGGCAGGCGAAAAAGUAGCCUGGUCUUACCGUCAGUGUGAUUAAAAGUGGGUGGCCUGUCAGGGUCGUCGCAGCUCCCUAAACCCCCUGACAGAACUUCACAACACGGUCCUGGCUUUAAUCAAACGGCCGUUUAUUCAACAGCACCUUCACAAGGUUUCCAGUUUCUUCACCUCAGUACUUACAAUAGGCAUUAGGUUUCUCCUCCAUCAUCUUCCAUGACGUCUUAACCACUUCCUCCUGAUUCAAACCCCCCAAAACUGAGUGAAGGGCUCGAUUUUAACUCCAGGACUGGGAGUACCUCUGGUGCUCAAUCUAUCAUCCCAGGGAAGGAAUUCCCAACAGUCCUGGAGUCGUCAGUAUUCCACAGCUCCCCACAGCACCACAACUCCCAUGCAGCCCUGCAAGUGUCCAUACUGGGCUCCUCUAGACUGGAUGCUGCCACCCCGUGUAAAAGGCGACAUUCUACCCAUAGCAGGCUGUCACCGUUCCUCCGUCCAUCCCAGGUGUUGCCUUGGACAAUCAGGAAGCCAAAAUGGCCGACUUUUAUUUGAUUUGAUAGACUUUGUUAAUCCCUGAGGGGAAAAUGAUCUUUUCACAUGACCUUUGUUGUUUAGCCCCGGAGACAUUUUUCAAGUUGAGGGAUUUUCUCAAGGUGUCCAAUGGAGUAGAAUUUAACAAUGGAUUUGAACCGGCAACCUUCGAGAUAACAGUGCAGAUCCUUAGCCACACCCUCACCCGUGAUGUCAAGCAACCUGUGACCUAUGAUGUCACUCCUAACAACCACACAGCAAUGGCUACACAAAUCUGCACAAACUUCACAGGAAGAUGAAUAAUUAUGUCAAUGACCGGAUAAACACAAAAUGCCAAAACACUAAAUGUUAGAAUUGGGUUACCGUGACAUGUAAAAAGACACAACACUCCACAAAAUCAGAAUAUAGCAAUGCAAAACAUAAAACAAAACAGGUGUUAUGAUUUGUCUUUGUGAUAAAUUUGUUUUUUGUUUUUCCGAACCCUCUUUUUGUAAUGGAAAUUUGAUAAACGACUCUAAAGAGAAUCCACGGAUGGCGAGGAUUUACUGAGUUUUGUCAGGUUCUGUCAUCUCAUGUCAGGGGUGUGGCCCUGGAAGUCACCUCAUGUGAUGUCAUACGGGUGACAGGGGUGUCAGCACUUAGUCCAAAGCUAUUGAUAUAUAUAACACUGAAAACGUUUUGGCGCUGUAUUACCUUCUAAAAUCUCCAUAUCUGGACCUCUUUCCUUUGCUUGCAUAUUAGGCCUUUGUUGUAAGAUUAUUUGCCUUUCUGGUUACGACCCUCGGUAACUUUUUUCGUUAAAGGUGUCCGUCAUUGUUUUAUUGACCACCUUUCUUAUCAAAUCCACUCCUCCAAUCACUUAGUUGGCUAUAACGUUCAUUUUCGCUCGGAGUGCAUGACCUGUGUCCACGAUGAAAACGAUUUGUCAGCCUUUGCAAUUCGCCUAUCUGAGUUACCGUUGUUCUCACGUUAGACCUGUCGUGUGGCCAUGCCACCGUUUUCCAGGCGCAGGACCAGGCCUCCAGUUCCUGGGUUGUGUUACACGUAUCACGUGUUAAGCUCCAGAUUAAAACCGAGACCAAGGGUGAAGGUACAGUGGGUCAACCCUUAGCAUUUCGUAUGGAGAGAUUCAGGCACAUUUUGUGAUGCACCGUGCGCUUCCUGAAGCUCCAUUUUGAGAGAAACUUCCUAUCUCAGCUACUCUUUUAAAGCAACUCUGGUGUUCCCAAAGCACGUCGUUUAGAGGAUGACGCUCCCUUUUUGCAUCCCCUAUGGUGCCAUACCAGUGUGUUUCGAUUAAACAGAUGUAAUACUGAAACCCACCUGUGAUUGGACAGAAAGGAAAUCUCCCGAUUCGCCCUGGAGGCCAUAUGUGACCCCCCUUUUCUGUGGUGUCCUUAAAGUCCUUGAGUGCCAUCUCCUCAUACUUGUAAAUGUUACAUCCUGUCCGACUAAGCCUGAUGCUUCUGCUAUAGCCAAUUAGCCUAAAUUUGUAUCUGGCUACUGCUUUGUUCUGACAAACGGUAAAUCCUCAGCUGUCCGUGGAUUAAAAUAAUAUCGCUGUGUCAUCACAGCCUGCUGUCUGCAAAGGUCUGUCACUGGCACUAAAUCUUUCUUAGUCCCACUUUGACAUCUUUCAGCUCCUGCUACUGUUAGGGAAAUGUAGGGAAUAUCUCGGAAAGUUUAACGUCCCAGUAUAGCAUGAUUAGGAAAAUUUAGGCCUCCAUAAGGUUGAAAGAACCUUCUGAUGUUUGUGGAAGGGGUAAGACGAGGUUGGCACCCCCCUCCAUGUUUUUUCCAUGCUUCCCUUUCAUCUUCCUUUUCAGUGCGACACAAGGGUUUAGGAUUUGAAAUGAAAGGAAUGCUUCGACUUCCUGGAAAGCACUAGAACGUUGGGAAAUUUCUGGUUUAAAAAAAACAACAACAACGAAAGUACUUGUGUGAGAUUUAGAGAUGGCUGAAAAGGUUCCUCAGGUCGCCGAGUUCUUUUACUCGCGACUUUAUGACUUACUUUUGGUUGACGUUUUGGGCUUUGAUAUUUUAGUUAAUUGUGUUCAUAAGAGUCGCCUCAGUUUUUCUUCUGUCCGGUGUCUCCUGACGGUUACGAGAAAACCUCCACCUGAUAUGCCAUGCAACUUGGCGUGAUGUCAAGUUAUGCAAGAUGUUGGAUUUUUGGGUGGUUAGUCCCUAUUUUUGUCUCUCUAGACCUGAACAUCCCUCAUUUUUGGACCAUAUUUUGUUUCAGGAAAUGACAUCCUCAACAAGUGUCUUCAGCAAAAAUGAUCAGACGGAGUUGAGGUUGUGCAUGCAGCAUCUACCGACCCCAGGGGUUCACCAUUUGAGAAAAUGGGGAUCGGUAAAAUUGAGGUUCCUGAUCACGGAUAUGAUCCAAUUUUUGAUAUUUGACUCUUUGCUGGGGGUCCUAAGCCCUCUAGGAGAAGCUUGCAGAUAAGUAGAAAUGACAAAUGUUGAUUGAUUGAUUGACAAAUUUCAAACAUAAGGAUUUUUUGCUAUCAUUUUAAAUUAUUUCAAGGCCAGUGAAUACAAAUAUGAGUUUCUUUUUGAUCCUUUACUAGGGAUCUAGCCCUACACGGACCGCUUCACUUAAUUCCACUUUAGCCCUCAUUGGACUUCACGUAGUUCUCCAUCUCCCGGUCCUUGUUGACUUUUUUCCUUUGGGUGAACCAUCUUUGUAACCUUAGUAGAACAAUCGGCUUCUGGCACUGAGGGCAGCUGUGGUGAAGAACUCCUUAGGUAGGCAUUGCUAUUCGGUGUAGUUGUUCAGUUAUUUUCAAUUUGCUUUACCCAGCAACAAGAGUUGCUUAGUUGGUCAGCCAGUAAAGUGGAUUAGGUGGUAUUUAAAAACUCAAGGAAAUGACACGUGGAUCCUGUGGAUUAAGGUGGAGCUCAGGCGUCUCUUUGAUAAAAGGAAAAUAAAACCUCCAACCACAGGCGAUUCUCUGCCCCUCAAAGGUCUCUUCUCUUGAAGCCAAUUCAUCUUAUGCUGUUUGUGGAGUUGGAGUUUUGUUUGUCCCAACUUCUAUUUUUGUCACCGAUCUGAUCCCCCCCUAACCCCCAUUUUACUAGUUUUGAACACACCCCCAAAAAAUGUAAAUUGCCCGACAUUUGGUAGUAUGGCUCAGUCUCUAUUCAUCUGUCUCUGCAAUCCAAAGUUCCUGAGUUCAAAUCCCGGAGGUUAAAGGUGGGGGCAUCACUCUGAGCUCAUUUCCGAGAACAAAAGGUGCAGUAACCAAAAUUCGUUCAAGGGUGGGUUGAAUGUAAUGGGGGUCCAUACCAAGCCUGAGAGAGAGAGAGCGAGAGAGAGAGAGAGAAACCCAUUGAAGUGAAGCUUAAUUGACCAGUAUGGCCAAAGUAUUCCUGAGACUCCAUUGGGCUACACAAGGGGACUCUCGCCACUGCUUCAUGAGAGUUUCCUCCUUCAUCCCAAAGGCUGAAGUGAGGUGAGGUACAUCAGCAAACUCCUUCCCCAUCUGACUUCCCCAUUAGUCACUCUCGAUGCUCGCAUGUCCGACAGCUUAUUAUAGACCAUUACUUUAGUCUCCUUAGGGAUUUCGCUUUAUCUCAUGAACGUCUUAUUUAACAUACAGUUCAGCUUUCCUGCAACCGGGAUGCUGCUAUUGAUUUCUUCAUCUGCCCUCCCGAUAGUGAUGAGUGAUACGAUUAACACUAAAUUGAAACCUGGAGUUUCUCGCCACAGCAUUGCAAAAAGAAUCAUUACAUUUUCACCUCAUCUCCAUGUAUGUAUGGCGUAGUAAGUAGGAGCACUUGGGAGCCGCUUCUCAACAAGUAAAAGCCAUUAGCUUGGGAAGGUGGGCUGCCGGCGAGUCCAGGAAGGAUCCUGGCUCGGAUCGUCUUACAAAGAUGGGAAAAGUGAGCGCAAAUAGUGCAAUCCCAAAUGAGUGGUGUAAAUGUGAAUGCAGACGACAAGAUCUCAUGGAGCUGCAGGGAGGAAGCCAUGGAAGAGCAUUUUGGGGUUGGAGAGCUUCCAAGGACAGAGAUAGCAAUUUGGGCUUCAUAAUAACUUUUAGGGAGACAUAUUCUUCGGUUUCCACCCUAAAAGUCUAAAAAUAAAACUUCUAAGAGUGAGCUUUGUGUUUUGCACCUUGCACAAAUCUCAUACAAAAUAAAUUUGACUUGAUUUUUUUUCAAAUUCUGAACAUAGGAAGAACAUAAGAGACUUGACCAACGAGAGGAGACCAUUCAGCCCCUUGCUUGCUUGGCCAAUAGCUAAAGUAUCCCAACAUGUCGCCCAGAUCCUUAAAGGUUCUCAAGGUUUCCACUUCAACUCCAUGCCUUGGUAUUUGUUGUUUCUUUCAUCACUGAAGCUCAUACCAGAUCUUAGGUGCUUCACAUAUUCUUGAGUUUUGGUGUUGAUCUCUCUUCUGUGUCUCAAUCGCAAUUUUAAUUGUGUCCAUUUCUUUUGUUCUAAUUAUUUAGAUUUUCUGGCUGGUCUUCCUGCUUUAUCGACAUCAUCAGUAAACGCCAGUAAUGAGAUCCUUAUUGGAUUCUGGAGCUGGUUCCCUAGAUGGUGUGGUUUCACGUUUUGCUGCCUGGCCUUCAUGAUGUCAUGAAUUGAUAGUAUGAAUGGCAGUUGGUUUAAAGUGCAGGCCUGUUGGGCUUUGAUUGUUGGCAUAAAACACAUGCAUGCAGUUGUGGCCAUUCUCAUAAAAGCUCUGGAUCGCAACAAAAUGGCUUUUCAUCUCCAUCUGGAUGUAAAUCAGGGUCAGCAUGGUGAUGGAAUGGUUAGUGCUGUUGCUUCAUGGGUGUGACUCCCUUGCCCAUUUGUUUUAUUGUGGAGCUCACUCCUUCUCCCCCAACAUCUGUGUGAAUUUCCCCAAAGAUGUUUUUCCAAAGCCAAAUGGACCUUGGUGUUACUAUGAUAGGGUUUACCGAAAAUGAAAGUACAUCUUUUGAGGUCUGAAGGUCCUGGUUAAGGAAAUUUCGAGAUGAUCAGUAUGUGUGGCGUACCUCAGGUUGGAGUGUGAACCUGACUUUGGGUGUGUUUGUUCUUCAAUGAACUGGCAUCUCAUUCCUGACACUGGCACCUCAUCCUGGAUUGUAGCUACAAUAGGCUUCACACCCUGAAAUCCAGAACUUGAGUAAGCGGGUUCAGCAUUUUAGUGAGGUCAGGAGGAGGGUUAGGACCCUAAUUGCUACUAAUCCAGUCCAUAUAAAAUACCACCAUGCUGGACUUCAUUUGUUGUAUAAAAUGCUGAUAACUGUGCAUUUUUGGUUCAUACAGUUGUUGCCAUUCUUAUAAAACCAAUAGACUUUCCAUUUCUUUGCAUAGUCAAUCAGGGCAGCAUGAUGAUGCAGUGCUUGGCUUCCUGGGCCCAGCCAUCUUGGUUUCCAUGCCACGCCUGUGUGAACUUUGCAAUUUCUUCCCAAGUCUAUGCAAGUUUUCCUCUCAUGCCCUCCCGAGACGUACAGGUUAGGACUUCCGACAAUUCCAAGUGGACUCUUGUGUGAAUGAACAGAUGGCUGUCUAGGUGUGUUCAUGAACUUUAGAGAAGAUCAGUAGGUGUGUCACACUCCAACUUGGGGUGUAAGUGCCCUGCUGCUUUGGACUGGCAUCUCAUCCAUGAUGUUUUCUGCCUUGUGUUUUCUGUCGGCACCCCCUGCAGCCCUGACUUUGACUACGCAGGCGUAGCUGGUUUGUACAGUACGUGUUUAGUCAGGUCUGACGAAGGGCAGGACCCUAAUGGCUGCUUUGACUCCUUCAUUGAGAUGCAGAUGACAAUUAGGGGACAUUGUCCUCCUGGCCAAGCAAUUCCCCCUAAAGCUGUCUCCCUGUGUUUACGUGCGGUGUGUGUAUGUGUGUGUGUGUGUUUGUUCUCGCUCACUUUCUCUCUCUCUUGUCGAGCCCCCCUACAGCGAGCUGAAAUGUUGAAAUUUAAAUAUGCCAAAGUUUGGGCAGAUUGCCCGACUCUCAGUGAGAAAAAACUGAAUGAAAAACAAGAAGAAGAAGAAGAAAAAAAAAAAAACCAGGCUAACAGCUUACAAAAACAUGAAGUGCAAAGCCAAAAUAUGUCUGGUGGCUCUGCCCCCUCAGGCCCUGGGGUAUCGUGGGAAGGAUAAAUAAAGAUGGUCUUCAGGCGGAAAUGUAGUGCGCUGUAGCUAUGGCUGGGCCCACUGCCGACAUGGGCACGCUGGCGUGUAUCUUCUGAUAUGUUUUAAAUGCACACAUAUACCAGUGAAAAAACAAAGGGGGGCUUAGGAGGGGCCGAGGCUUGUGGGUAUGAAGUGGACGGGCAGAGUCGUUAGUUGAAACUUCUGUACAUCGCAAACAGCACCACCCUGCAUAAGCACAGCACUAAUAAUAGCACUCCAUUACACACUCAUUGUCAGAAAAUCAUCUCAAGGUUAGCACGUCACAAAUAUCCAGACUGUCAGGCGAGGAAAGAGACAAACAAACAGAAAUAAAAAUAGACGGGUGGACAAGCCUGUCAAUACAGAAUUGAGCAGGGGCACUAGAAAUGGCUUGCAGAAGGAAUUCGAGCAAAAUCUUUAAUUGUGUCCUUACUGGACAAACUGGUGGGGCCGGUCAAGAUGGCAUUUAAACGGUCAAUUUGGCCAGGCCAGGGUGGUUCCUUGAGUAGGUCGGGUUUAUCAUGGCUUCUUUGGAAUAUACUGUCAGGCUGGCAUGGAUGUUCUAACUGGUCAUCUACUUGUGGUGGACACACUAGAGUGGUAACUUGAACUGGUCAUACUGGGAAGAUUACUGUAUGAUGUUAGUCUUAACAUAAUGGCUGCUACCUUAUUGUAAAGGCUACUUGGAUUGGUCAAUUGGCUCAUAUUAAAGCUGAUGCUUUCUGUUGGUCACUUUUGGUCUUCAUGGGGUGAUUGCUACAUGAUGUUGGUCAUAACACAGUGGCUGUUGCAACCAGUCAUAAUGGAAAGCUACUUGAAGUGGUCAGAUUUUCCAUGUUGGAUAUGGAUGCUUUUUAUCGGUCAGUUUGGUCUUAGUGAGGUGGCUGCUGCUUCAGCUGCCCAGAUUGGCCACUCUGUUCAAGUCUGGUGUAAACGAGGGGGCAUACCUAGUUACUGAAGCUGGUCAGAGUGAACUGGAGAAUCUGGCUAAACUAAAGGGAACUAAAGAAUAAGUUUGAUGAGAUCAGGUCAUUCAGCUCCACAGGCUUGUCCAUCAGAAUUGUCUAAUGUAACAUCAAGGCAAGAUUUGAAGGUCCCAAAAGUCCUACCCUUCACAACCCUACUGUCUGUGCUGUCAAGUAAUCAGACUGGUCAUAACAGAGUGGUCAGCAAGUGGUCAGUCAUCAUGCUGGCUGUUGAAACUGUUUGGACUAACCUGGAGAAGCUGGCCGCACUGGAAUAGCUAAACGGUCUGUCAGGGUUAGUGCAGGUGAAGAUGUUUAAGAAUUAGAAUGCUCAUCCCAUGUCAGUAGUAUUGGUCCAGCUAGAAGUGAUUGAUGGGCCUACUCAGGUGGGUCAUUUAGAGCAUCUCCUCAAAUUGAUCAUCCUGGCAAUACUGAGUGGGGUUUAAGGUGACCAUUCUGGCAUAGCUGCUUAAAGUUGGUCAGCUUCAACUAAAGCGAUUGGUGGUGUGUAUGAAGGACCUUAAAUUCUUUCCUCAUCUGCCUAUUGGGUCUGUCAGGGUUAGUCCAGCUGAAGAUGUCAUAACGGUCUUCUCAGGUUGCUUAAAGCAGACAGUUUAGCCAUUCUGCUGGCACUGUUUCGGUUCAUAAGAAUGGUCAUCCCAUCCCACAUUGGUCACUUAUAUGACACAUAAAGCAUUAGUUCAACAUGCCGGCAUGACUGUUGACACUGGUUGGACUAGGCUGAGAAUUUGGCCGUACUGGAAUAGCUAAAGGAUCUGUCAGGGUUGGCUCACCUAGAAGUGAUUGAUGGGCCUGCUCAGGUGGGUCAUUUUAGGGUGUCUCCUCAAGUUGGUCAUCCUGUCAUUGCUGAGUUGGGCUUAAGUUGACCAUUCUGGCAUAGCUGCCAAAAGAUUGGUCAUUUAAAAACGGGUGUGUAUGAAGGACCUUAAAUUCUUCCAUCAUGCUGUCUGUUAAAACUGGUUGGACUAAACUGGAGAAUUUGGCCAUACUGGAUUAGCUGAAGAGUCCGCUAGUGAUAGUCCAACUGAACGUGACUGAGGGGCUGCUCAGGUGGCUCAUUCUGCAUUGUCCCCUGGUCAUCCUUGCUGUACUGAGAAGGUUAGGUUGGUUCCAUUCUAGCAUAGCUGCUUUCAAGUUAGUCCGCGUUUCAGGAAGGCUGCUUUAGCUAAACUGGCUGGUCAUCUCAAAGUGGUCAUUAAGGGACCUUAAGUUGUCUCAUCGUGCUGGCAUGGCUGCCGAAACUGGUUGAACUAAACUGGAGAAGCAGGAAUAGCUAAAGGGUUAGUCCAGGUGAAGAUGUCUGAAGGGUCUCCUCACAUUGGUCAUUCUUGACUGGUGAAUUUGACCAUACUGGAAUAGCUAAAGGCUGGUCAUUUCUAAUUUUCUCCUCAAACUGGUCAUCCUGGCUCUGGUGAGAACUUUAUCUUUGUUUGGUUUAGGUUGUCCAUUCUGGCAGAGCUGCUUUAAGUUGGUCAGUUCAUCUAAUUAGACUUAUCAUACCAAAGUGGACAUUUAAAAGUGGCAUUUGUGAGGAGACCUAAACUGUCCCGUCAGGCUGGCAUGGCUUCUAACUCUGGUUGGGCUCAAAAGGAGAAUUUGUCCAUAAUGGGAUAGCUAAAGGGUUUUCUAGUGUUAGUCUGGCUGAAAGUGAUUAAAAGGCCUACUCGGGUGGGUCAUUUUGGAUUGUCUCCUCAAGAUGGUCAACCUGGCCAUGCUGAGAAGGUUAAGUUGGUUAGGAUUAAGUUGCCCAUUCUGGCAUUGCUGCUUCAGCUAAUCCGAUCCCAAAGUGGUCAUUCAGAACUUGGCAUAUUAUGAAGGAGCUUAAAUUGGCUCAUCAUGGUGCCAUUGCUGCUGAAACUGGUUGGACUAAACUGGCAAAUCUGAUCAUACUGGAAUAGCUAGAAGGGUCUCCCAGUGUUAGCCUGGCUGAAGAUGAUUGAAGGAGCUGCUCAGGCUGGUCAUCCUGGCUGUGCUGAGGAGGUUAUGUUCAUUUGGUUUAAGUUGACCAUUCUGGCAGAGCUGCUUUAACUUGGGCAGCCUCAGCUAAUCAGACUGGUCAUUAAAAAGGGGGUAUAUAUGGGGGGGGCUUAAAUUGAUUCAUCUUGCUGAAGCCUAUCAUAACCAUGCUGCAGAUUGUGACUGGAAACUGGUCAAACUGGAAUGGCUGCAGGAUCUGGUCAGCAUUGGCCGGACUGGCAUGACCCAAUGAGCGGGUCAAGUUCUUGAAGGCUGCCAUGGUUCAGACAGCUCAGGCUGAUCACACUGAGGGGCCGCCACCUUUAAUUUGUUUGCAAAAAAUGACCUUAUUGGCGAUUCAGAGAUGGCUGCUGGAGUUUUUCAGGUCAUCUAGGCUAAGAUGACUGUUUCGUCUGCUCUUCUGCAAGGCCGGCUUGGCGACUUUGAGAUGAACGUGGCACAGUAGCUGGAGUCAGAGUGGAUUUCCACAGCUGCAAUUGGCUGGCAGGUGUCACCUGACAGUAUAAUGGUCCCCUCCCCUGGGGCUAGGUCCCACUCCCCCCAUACACUUUUGACUAACGGGCUCUAGCGGAGGUCUCAACUGAAUGUGACGACGCCAUCGCACUGGAGGUGCUGGUUCCACUGGGUGAAGUGUCUCACCGUGCGCCUGCCUGGACAGAACGCUCCUCCGGGUCUGCCUCGUCUUGUAUAAACGACUCUGUAAAUGAUGUGUGAAUUUCUGUAUAUAUAAAAUACUGUGAAUAUUUCCCGAGGCAGAAUCUCGUAAUUUAACAUGUCGGCUGCUCCCUAGAGGGGGCGAAAAGCAAGCAGCAGCUGCACGGAUUCCGCCUGGUGAACCCAAAUCUUCCAGUUGGCUGGCGAGUCCCAAGUCCCCAGCUGUUUUUCCGCCAUUGUGCUGCGGGGGCCUGCAUGCGGUGGGCGAUGCACUUAAAAGCACGAGAUGGACACGCGUGCAGAUACUGCACUCCAAAACACCACCACUUCCCCGUCUCCACCCCAAAUAAUUGAAUUAGCUACAGGUCCCAAGCCAGAAAGCAAAGCGCCCCCUUUUGGUCACAAUUUCAUCGCAUCACAGAAAAAAAAAAAAA